CCUCCUCUUUCGAUAUCUCGCGCAGUAUGGACGCGUCCACGGACGCUGUUCUUCACGUUUGAAACGGUUCGAGGAGUUCGAGAUCGCGCGAGUACGCGGCGCCGAUAACCUAAGAUAAGUCGCCGCGCGUCAACAUGCACGGGUCGACGACGCUUCGGAGAGCCGUGCUGCUCGUCGGCCUCGUCGUGACGUUCCACUCGGCAACGGUCUCCACGGCGCACCGACUUAACGUGCCCCGGGUCCUGCUGCCCGCGUUCAACAACUUCGCGGUGAAUUUCACGCUGGAGGUGACGGACGGCGGUUGCUACAAAUGGUCGACCUCGCGUCUAGACAUCAUACAACUGAUCCCCAUAAACGAGAACUUCGACAUGACGUGCUCGCAGGCGAUACUGAUUCAAACCGUGACGCGAGAGCUGACGAGGAACACCGCGAUCGUUCUGGCGGAGGACAUCGGCACCGGCCACUUUCUGCGAUGCGACGUUAUAGUGGACGCAAUUUUCUCUCUGAAUCUCAUCACCACCACGAGGGAAUUGUACAUCGAGGACAUACCCGAGGCGUUCGAGGUGCGGGCGUACGACGAGCACGGGAACGAGUUCACGACGCUGGCGGGCAUCGAGUUCGUGUGGACAAUCGGCGACGCCGACAAGCACACGCCGUCCGACGGUAGAUUCGCGAGCAACGUGUUGCGUUUCAUGACCUACGAGGAGUCGCAGUACGAGAGGCCUGUCAGCAUCGCCGCGUUAGACAGCGUCGGCAAGCGGGGUCACAUCGUUCUCAUAGAGGGUGUCAGGACCGGCACUGCUAAGGUAUCGGUUAGGCUGCCGCAUUCAGAGUACGAGUACGUGCCGUCCAUAGAGCUGGAGCUGGUCGUCAUCGCCAAUUUGAUCAUCAUUCCGUCGGAGAUAACGAUAAUGGCACACGACAGCUUCAGGUACAAGAUAAUGCACACGCGCCAGGGUCGCCUGGAGGAGAUCAGCCUACCUGUAAGCCAGUAUUACUUGGAGGCCGAGAAUGCUGACGUACUGGAGAUCGACAACGACCACGAUUUCGCCUACGGGCGCAAGAAGGGGCGCACGAAGGUGUUCCUGCACGACAAGAACGUCCGCGAGGAGUACCCGGUCAUUCUACCCUCCGCCGUCGUGAAUGUACACGACCAAGUCGCGUACAUCUCCCUUUCCGUCUUGCCAAACAGAAACCGGGGACUGGUAUUGGGCCACGCACACGAUAUCGUCGUUGAACUGUACGAUAGCAAGGAUCACAAGUUCCACAUCGGCGAGGGCGUGGAAGUCUCCAUGAAGAUAAACGAGCUGUACCUGGAGCCGCAGUCGGUUACGCAGAACGGCACUUACGCCGUCGUGAUACCGAUCACCUGCGGGACGACGAUCGUGGAGGCAACGCUGCGCGGCAUAAUCGACGAACACGGCAAGAGGAUCGCCUCUGAGCCGCAGCUCACUACUAGAUCCGAGCUGACGAUACACACGCCGGUCAAGGUUCAGCCCCGCGUCCUGGCCGUUCCAUGGGACGUCGUGAACAAGUCCAAAUUCGACGUGAUGUUGAAGGCGAGCGGUGGAGAUGGGUCGUACGUUUGGUCGAGCAGGCAGCCGUCGAUACUUGCCGUCUCGCAGAACGGCGGUAUCAAGAUUCUGUCAGCGGGCACGGCGGAAGUGGUCGUCACGAUGGCGAGAAAUCAGUACAACGUAGACACGGCGAAAAUACACGUGUUACCGCCUGUAAAGCUGAAGAUUAUUGAGUAUCAGAUGGAGGCGGCUAUUGGGGAGCCUAUACACUUGCACGUCGCGCUAUUCGGGCUGCUGAUCAACGGGUCCGACGCCAAGGAGAUACCCUUCAGCGACUGCAGGGACGUCGAUUUCGAGGUGCACAUCCCAGACGUGAACUUCGUGCGGAGUUACGACAAGAGCAGCGUGCAGCCGAUCGGCGCCGCGUGCGCGGUGAUAACCGUGACCAACUAUCGCAGCGUCGGGACGUCCGACGUGACGGUCGCCUACAACGCGAACAACAACGACGUGAUCGACCAUUAUUUAACGGACAACAUCACCGUGUCGGCGUACGAGCCGCUCGUGGCGAUACAUCCCGCGGGCAAGGGAACGUUACUCGCCGUGGGAUCCUCGAGAUACGUGGUGUUCAAGGGCGGGCCGCUGCCGUGGACGAACAAGUCGCAGGAUUACUCGCGGGAGAUACAUCUGUCGCACGAGAAGAUCGCCGAAGUGGCCGAAUACGAGGACUCGUUGAACGGGCCCUUCGACAGAACUGUCUUCAAAGUGAUCUGCAGGGCGUUGGGUAAAACCGUGCUGACGUACGAGGUGUCGAACGUGCCCCUGUUCGCCAACUGUCGGCGCACCCGCGCGUGGGAAUCGAUCGAGAUUGUCUGCGGCAAGCCCAGGUACAUCUAUCUGCAGCCGGAGUUCGGAGGUACGCACGACAAGAAUUGCCCGAUUGGCCAGAACACGGACAAGAUAAUCGCGCACAGCGAUAAGCGUCUGAAGAUCGCCGUGAUCGUCAAGGACGAGGACGGCAGGCGGUUCGACAAUGUCACGAGCUUGAACAUCGAGUGGAACCUGAGGCCGUCGGGCAGCGGCACCGUGGAGGUCCAGUCCAGCACGAUGGAAGAGACGUGGACGGACAUGGACGUGAUUCUGCCCAAGAGUCAUUACCAGAAUAUCAUUUUCAAGAAGCACCACGGGAUUCUCACGAUAUUCGCGACUGUGAUCGGCUACCAGAAGGUCGUUCUAAACAAACUGAAAAUCACGCCAGAAUGGCCGCCGUUUCCCUUCGAGAACGAGAGGGGCAUAGUGGAGACUCCGCUGAUAGAAGCCUCCAUAGAGGCGACUCUGGUGAACGACACCGUCGUCAGCCCCGAUAAAUUGAUAAUCUUGAACGAUUCGAGCAUGAAGUCGUACUUGCAGGUCAGCCAAGGCUCCGGUUACUAUGAAUUCAUCCUCAGCUCGAAGGACAUAGCAGAUAUCCGGUAUAUGGAUACGACGAGAACGAUCAGCGUGACGCCGAAGAAGCCUGGUGUGCUUCAUAUCGCAUUGAUGGACCUCUGUCUACCCUCCAAGUUGGCGGAGGUGGAGGUGGAGGUGCAACAGCUCGCGGCGAUCGAGGUGGACACCGUGGAUAAGAUCGAGAAGGGGAAAUGCGUGACAGCCGCACUGAUGCUUCACGACACCAACGAUCACGUGGUGAGACUGCCGUCUCUCGGCGCGCUUGAUUUCCGCGCGGAGAUCGACAACGAGCGUAUCGAGAUCAAGCAGCUGCCCGCCAGUGAGCAAGAUGCCGCGCCCUACGAGCGGAUACUGUACAAAAUUCACGGCUUGUCGGAGGGCGAGAGCCAGCUGACGUUCGUGAAGACGGGUGACCGUGAGAUACGCAGCGAGCCGAUCACCAUGCAGGUGUUUGUCCCGCUGCGAGUGCAGCCGCGGAACCUGACGAUAUUGAUCGGCACCAUUUAUCAGAUGCAGACCGUCGGCGGUCCGCCUAACGCCGAGAUCGAGUUCUCGACGGAGAGCGGCGACAUUCUGCGCGUCGAUCGCAACGGGAUCCUCGAGGGACGAUCGGCGGGCUGGACUGGGAUUCACGUGCGCGCCGUCGGUCUCGACGCCAGGGGCAACAAGGUCGUCUACUCGGAGGAUCGUGCCGAUAUAUACGUGCUGCAUCUCGAGGGAGUCAAGAUCUCGACCCCGGUCAACAGGGUGAGGGUAGGCGCGACGUUUCCCCUCUGGGCGUUCGGCAUCCCCGAUUACCUCACACCGCUCAUCAUCGGCUCCAUGCAACUGCCGCUGAGCUUCGCGUGGUCGUCGAGCGACCCCGGCCUGCUGACCCUGCACAACAUGUACGAGGGCACCGGCAUCAACAUCCGAUACCAGAAUCAGGUGUCGCUGAGGGCCAGGGCCGUGAGCCCGGGCGUCGCGACCAUCUAUCUGAACACCACUGUGCCCUGCAACAUGCUGUCCAGUUACAGCAAGAACGACAUCGUCUACACCACGUUCGUGAAGAUCGAGAUUUUCGAGGAGAUGCGCCUGAUCGAGCCACCGUUGUCGGGAGACACGACGACGUCGACGGUGCUGAUGUCGCCGAAUUCCGUUCUGCGGCUGCAGACCAAUCGCGACCGGCACGGCACGACGACCUACCGGAUCCUGUCGAGCACGUACGGCGACGAGUCCCAGGAUCCACACGCCUUGACGUCCGUCGCGAGGACCGUGACCGUGGAGAAAAACGGAAUCGUGAAAUCCGGCGAGCACCACGGCCAGACGAUCAUCUCCGUCACGAACACGGAGGCGUACAACUUGAAGCAAUCGUUGACGGUGGUGGUCGAGGUCAAGCCUAUUCAUUACAUGAUGCUUUCCCUCAAGUCGAAGCUGCGCAUACGGAACGGCGAGGAGUUGAACAUGUUGCCGAAGGGAAUGGAGCUGGACUACGUCGUCGAGUAUUACGACAACGUGGGGAAUAAGUUCCACGCCGCCGAGACGACCGUCAAGGCCAUGCUGAAUCGCGCCGAUCUGGCGUCGUUCGCCACGGGCGCCGGCAAUGUCAUCACUGCCAAGUUCCUCGAGAACGGCGAACUGGUCAUGAAGACCUUAAACGAGAAGCAUCCCAAUGGAAUGUUCGACUACGUUCACAUGAUGAUCGGCGAUAUCAUAUUUCCGACCAAGACCACCCUGACUGUCGGCGAUAUAGCGUGCUUCUCCAUGCCGCUUCUCUCGGCCGACGGCGAUCCAGGGUACUGGCAGUCCUCCGCGCCCGAAAUACUCUUGGUGGAUCCCAUCACGGGCAUAGGUCGCGCGCGAAACGCCGGCUACGCUGUUAUAAAGCACAGCCUCGCGACGCACGUGCAGAGUGAAAUCGAAGUCAACGUUUUACCAGUCGCGCAGGUAUCCAUCGUUCCUUUAAGAGGAAGGAACAUCACCGGCACGGAAACCUUCAGCGUGCCCCUCGUGCUGAAGGGAAAGGACGAGGAGAUCAAGGAGAAUAACGUGCUGGCGAGAGGCCUGGGCGGUUGUCGGACUUUAUCGUCAUUUGCGCUGAACACGUUUCCCUACACAUGUAACAUCCAGUUUGUUUCGUCUAGUUCGGCGAUCGGCGUGAAGGAUCUGUUCGUCGUGAAGCCGCGAUUCGAUAUCGUCACAGGCUUCUAUUACUGCGACGUAAUACCGAUGAGUUCUCCAACUGCGGCCGCCAGUAUAUUAGAAAGCCGUAUUCAAAUUAGCGUCCAGAGCCGGGACAUCGAGUCGGCAGCUGUGGAACUCGCUUACUUGCCGCCUGUAUACGUUGACGCCAAGGAGGUCACGUUUGUCACUGCUCAGAAUGCUGGUGGUGCACCAUCGAUGGUACUUGAGGUGUAUGGGUUGCCGUCGGUGUUGCAGUAUCUCACUGUCACCGCGCCGGACGGUGUAGCCAUCACUUGGCAACUUGUUUCCAAAUCUACAAUGCAAUACAGAUUGCGUUUAAUGCACGAUCAGGAUGAAAUUCAGGGACAAAAGAUAUUCAUUGCAAACGAUUUGACCAAGCAAAACAUAUCGCUUCACAUACGCGUGGCAAGAUACAACCAAUUUAUCCCUAUGUCCGGAGUACAAUGGGUGAAUUACAUGUAUUUCCACAGAUACACGCUGGGAACGUUCGCCGUUAUUGUGAUCACAAUUUUUUACGUCUGGAAACACAAAGUGGCGACUGUCGAUUUAACAAUCAAGAACAGAGCUAUUUUUGCUGAUAAAUCUCCGGCGAUGAUAAAGAAGGCGAUCUGUACUCCGACCACACCAAGUAUCAGUCCGCGAACUCCGCCAUUAAGGCCUUUCUCGGCGUUUGAAUCGUCUGUUUACGGUGACCCGCGUAGCUUCGGUACACCAAAUAUCAGGAGAAGAGAUUUAUGUUAGAAGGAGAAAAUAAGUUAGGAGAGUUAAAAUCGAUUACAGAGCAGCUCUCUGACUUGUUGACGAAGAUAGAAAAUAAUGUUUUGUUUCGAUAUUAACGCAAAGAAACAUUUAAAUUUAAAGUGCUCAGUUUCAUGAGAAAGAUUUGUCGACGCAAAGCGACUAAUAGCGAAUUGCUUGCACUAGUGCGCACUGAGUGCACGUUAAGACUUGUUAUAGUCAAUUCUUAUAUUUAAGGAUGUCUCUUAAAUAAAUACAUGUUCAAAAAUUAUCGAGCGAAAAAACCGAUCCGUAUGAAUGCUGUACAGAUCACUUUACUAAGAAGUAUUUCAAGUGAUAUUGAAGAUGAUCUUUGAAUAUAAGAAUUGACUGCAGACAAGCCUUAGUGCGCACUUAUUGCAAAUAACCAAAUUCGCUAUAAGAUGCAGAUAACGACUGAUGCUUUCAUUGAAAAUGAUACAUUAUAUGCAGAAUUGUGCCUUAAAGUCUAAAAUUUUUCCAGGUUUUUUUCGGUGUGAAAACAAUUACAUUUCUUGAAAACCCGAGAGUAGAGUUCAGUUUUUAUAAAACAUUGUAUCUUUGUUUCGUGUGACAUACAUGUAUGAUAUAGUAUAUGUAUAUGACUUUAUGACAAUUGUGUGUGCGCGUAUGAAGUAUGAUUAUAAUAAUCUGUUGUUUACCCUAGAUCCAAGUGUGUUAUUUUUAUACACGAAGACACUUUUUACAUAUUUUUUGCAGUUUAAAGUCACGUAUGUCGCAAUGUUUAACGGCAAGAAACAUACAAAGCGCCUUCACCGAAGUACACAUAUACACGUAUAGAAUUAACACACUCGAAUCUGCAACAUUGCCAUGAUACACGAACUUCUGUGUACUAUUUAUACUUAUUUUAACAACGAUAUAGUUCCUAGUCAUAAAACAUUUUUGUUUUCGUAAAUAAAGCGAUAGACAAUUUCGAUGUACAUGAU